AUGGAAGACCUCAAGAGCACCAAUGACGAGGAAGUCUUCGACAUCAGUGUUGUCAAUGACAAACGGCUGGAUGAAAUGUACAGCGAGGUGCUCAACCUCCGUCAGGCCCAAGGCAUUAAACGAGACGUCAAGGAAGCCUAUCGAACCAUUCCCAUCAAGCCCUCUCAAUGGCCAGGAUUGGUUGUACGACUGCGCGGUGAAGACCGUUUUGCAAUUGAUACCAGGAACUGCUUUGGACUUGCCUCGGGGGCAGGCUCCUAUGGGAUCGUUGGUGAUGCUGGUGCACAGGUCAUGCGAGCCAAUGGAAUCGGGCCUCUCUCGAAGUGGGUCGAUGAUCAUCUCUUUUACCGCAUCCUCAAACAUCACUUACCUGCUUACAAUGACUUGCGCAGACAUUGGGCUGAGGACAUCAGGAAAAAUGGAGGCCGCAUCUGGUUCCGAGGCAGGGCAAUGCCCAAUGGAAAACUCGAGGAAUUCGACAAAGACGCAACCUUCCCACUACAAGAUCUCUCCAACAAAUCUGCACGCUCAGAUGAGGACAGAAAGUAUACCUACUGUAUGGCAGACAUUGACACCCUCUGUGAAGAACUGGGUAUUCCAUGGGAAGCAGAGAAGGACAUCCCGUUCCAGUCAGCAGUACCGUUCAUUGGGUUCCUCCCUCUGGGAUCUGGAGCGGGGUGA